GGGAAGCCACACAAACCAAGUGUCCGAGAAAACCUACAGAACGACAGAGUUCCGGCGACACGUGGAGCGAAUGGUGCCCCGCUGGGAGGAGCUGGUGACCGACCGCCUCCUGUGGCAGAAGGCCCCCAUCUACGUCCUGUACUAUGACCUCGUCGUCAAGAACCCGGUCCACCACGUCAGAGAGGUGCUCAGGUUUCUCAGGGUUCCGGUAGACGAGGGGCGCCUGGCGUGUCUCGAGUCCCACCUCAGCGGAACCUUCAAGCGUCCUGGGAAGAAGGAACCCGAUCCUUUCACCUACAACGAGAAGAAGAUGAUGUCGUUGGCCGUGAUGAGAAUAUCGAGGCUCCUGAGACUGCGAGGCUUCCCUGCCCCUCCGCACUACCCCUCCAUAGCCAACAUCUCUGACAACUAUCCACACUGAAUCAGUGUUGUAGCUGCGAUGCUUAUUCGCUUAUUUAUCUAUCGAUCUCUCUUUGUAUAAAGGGGGUAUUUUUCGAUUUUAUUUAUUCAUUUUAGUUUCAGGUUACGUCAUUUUGUG